UGUUCGCUGCUCUCAUUUAUUAUUUCUUUGUUUGUUUGCUUUUAAUUCAUUUAUAUUGUUUUUAUUUACACACAGUUUUAUUUUCUUAACGGCGGAAUGACGUCACAUUUAUCGGACGCGCGGCGGUAAAGAGUGUGACGUCACAUGUGUGGGACGCCGUGCUGCCGCUGGAUGGAGGGAUGCAGGUUAUUGAUUAGCAGUUAUUGAUUAGCAGUUAUUGGCGGAGGGUUGGUGUCACCAUGUUGAGUGUUGGGGGGUCGCUGAGGUCCGGAGUCCUGCAGGUUCCGGUUCGGGGACUCUGUUCUGCUGUCAACAGGAAGUCACCUCCACCUGGUCCCGUCUGCUCCGGACCGCCGACUGCUGGACUGCUUGCAGUCUGGACCCGGUCAGGUUCCAGCACUUUGUCAGGUCUGUGGACUUCCACAGGGGUCAGGAGGUUCUCAGGCGGAGGCGGUCCAGGAGCUCCGGGCUGGUACAGCAGACUCUCUGACUCGGCUCCGGUCCACCUGUGUGAGGACUUCCUGGUCGGGGUGCAGCAGGUGAGCGGGUUGCCAUGGUGGCUCAGCAUCGCCAUGGCAACGCUGUCAGUGAGGAGCGCGGUCACGUUGCCGCUCGCCGCCUACCAGCUGAUCAUCCUCGCCAAGGUGGAGGUGCUGCAGGAGGAGAUCUCGGAGCUGGCGAAGAGGCUUCGAUAUGAAGUUUCACUGAGAGCGAGAGAGAGAGGCUGGACAGAGAAACAGAGUCGGUAAGAACAACAAACAGAGUUAGUCCUGGUCUGUGUGUCCCCUAU